AUGCGUAGACAUGUAUUCCUAUGCAUAGUGCAAGCUCUAGAAAAUCAUUCUGAGUAUUUCCAGAUGAGAUUUGAUGCAGUCGGUAGAAAGGGGCUUUCACCAUUACAGAAGUGCACUGUUGCUAUGCAAAUGUUGGCAUACAGAGCGUCUGUCGAUUACAAUGAUGAGGAUGUUCGAAUUGGUGAAACCACCGCUAUUGAAUGCCUAGUCAAUUUUGUUCGGCGAGUGAAUGAGAUUUUUGGGACCGAAUAUUUGAGACUGCCCAAUGUCGGGUACAUUCGUCGCUUACUUCAAAAUGGGGAGGUGCGUGGUGAUCCAGGCAUGUUGGGAAGCAUUGAUUGUAUGCACUGGGAAUGGAAAAAAUUGCCCAGUUUCAUGGAAAGUCCAAUUCACGCGAGUGUUCUGGGAUCCAAUAAUGAUCUCAACGUGUUAAAUCAAACCCCGUUAUUCACUGACAUCUUACAAGGGCAAGCUCCAAGAGUUGAGUUUAUGAUAAAUGGAACACAAUACAACAAGGGGUACUAUCUAGCAGAUGGUAUCUAUCCAGAGUGGGGUACAUUUGUUAAAACUAUCCCACUGCCUCAAGGAGAGAAAAUAAAAUUAUUUGCUCGAUGUCAAGAAGCGGUACGCAAAGAUGUUGAGCGAGCAUUCAGAGUACUUCAAUCUCAUUUUGCUAUUAUACAAGGACCAACACGUUUUCGACAAAGAGAUGUUCUCAAGGAUAUUAUGUAUGCAUGCAUCAUAUUGCACAACAUUAUUUUCGAGGAUGAAAGAGAUGCAUAUGAGAGUUUGUUUGAUUUUAAUUAUGACGAAGGCCCCCCUGACACCCCAAUGAUUGAAGCAUUACAUGGAUCUAUUUCUGACUUCCCGAUAAUGCUUCAAAGAAAUGCUGAAAUUCGUGACAGAAACAUUCAUCGCAAUCUUCAGGUGGACUUGGUGGAUCACAUAUGGUCAUAA